AUGGAUGAAUCAGCAGCGGCGGCAGCAGCAGCGGCAGCAGUUCCAAAAUCUCUGAUGGAGAAUCUGUUAGGUCUUUUGAGGGUUCGUGUCAAACGUGGUGUCAAUCUUGCUGUUCGUGAUGUUCGUAGCAGCGAUCCUUAUCUUGUCAUCAAGAUGUAUAAUCAGAAACUUAAGACUCGUGUGAUUAAAAGGGAUGUUAAUCCUGAGUGGAAUGAAGAUCUUACUCUUUCUGUUAUAGAUCCUAAUCACAUAGUUUCAUUGACUGUGUAUGAUCAUGACACUUUUAGCAAGGAUGACAGAAUGGGAGAUGCGGAAUUUGACGUCUCGGCCUAUAUAGAAGCUCUGAGGAUGGACGUAACCGGCCUUUCAAACGGCACCGUACUCAAACGAAUUCAACCAAGUAAGCACAACUGCCUUACUGAGGAGAGCUGUAUCUAUUAUAACGGUGGAAAGAUUAUCCAAGAUAUGAUUCUUAGAUUGCAAAAUGUCGAAUGCGGUGAAGUUGAAAUCAGUCUGCACUGGAUUGAUCUUCCUGGUUCAAAAGGCUUAUGA